AUGCACACCUGUGACGACGACAGUCCCUGCAGCGCAAGCUUUCUUCUGGACCUGGACUGCGUCCGCCCGUUCUUCGACUGGACGGUUUUCUCCGAUUUUCUAUUCUUCUUUUCAGUUUUCCUUCAGUACGAUGAGUGGUGCAAAGGAAAGAUCCUUUGUCCCAAGCUGGGACGGCUCAGCUCGAUCCUGGCGUACUGCGCGUCACAGUUGCUUGGACGGCUCACUGGUCCUGCUAGGCUUUUGGCUAUGAGUUGGUCCAAGAUGUUCGUGGACAAUCGGUCUGGCACACGACUUCUUCUGCAGAAGCUAGCUGCUAGUCCCCUGGUCAGACGCAACCUCCCGAACGCAGCAGCUACCUGCUCUCAGUACUUUGCCUUCCGCAGGAAUCACAAUGAGUCUAUCGGGAACUUCCUGGUCCGGGAGACGCUGGUCCACGAGGAGUUCGUCGAGGCGAUCCUGAGGCUGUGGGAAGAUCGUCAAGGAAUCUCGCAAGAACAGCGAGACUUCGGACUUCCUGAUGACGAGGAAGACUGGACAGAUGAUGAUUGGCGCAGCUGGCCAUGGUGGUCGUGGGGUGACGACGAUCACCGUGAUGAUGACGACCAUGAAGUAUCUGGACCUGAUCCUUCUCCCAGGGCUGCGGCUGAUCUUCCUCCUGGCGACGAUCCUCCUGCCGACGACGGACCAGCUCCUGCCGAACCUGCACGAGGUGCGACUGGCUCUUCACCGAGUCAUCGAGCUGAGACUCCAGGACUUCUUGGUGAUACGUCAGCGAUUCUUCGAGAGACUAAGGAACCACAGGUCCUCGACGAGUUGACGCUGGCGGACAGCUUCAUCAUGAAUGUUCUUCGAGGCUGGCGGCUCUUGCAGGCUGCUGGAUUGUCGCCUGAUGAGAUGCGGGUCAUACUGUCCACGACCAAGAAUAGCCUGGACUUCGAAAUGAUAUCUGCUGCUCUACAGAAUCUGUGGGACGAUCAACUGUUGAGCAGCCGCAACCGAGGAAAGCCCGGCUACUCAGCCUACACCGCGAACUACGUGCAGGAGCCGAUGGAGUCCGACCUCUACUACCAGGACUCGUGGGAAGGUGAUGGCGAUCAUUGGUGGGACGAGAGCUAUGGAGAUGCCUACUACGCGGACUAUGACCACUACGCGAACCACGCCGGCUACGAGGACGGCUGGUGGACUGAGGAUUGGACUCCACAGAAGAUCCUGGAGUGGCGCAUGACCGUGGGUUCGGUGCCACUCCCGUUGGCGGACCGGCAAGGUGCUACAACUGUGGAGGACCUCAUCUUCUACGAGAUUGCCCUCGCCGUGGUGGCCUACUACAUGAAGGGUAAAGGCAAGGGCAAAGGCAAGAACAAGGGCAAGAAGGGGAUGUACAUGGAUGCUGAUGCCAUGUGGAAAGGCAAGGGCAAGGGACCGGACUGGUCCCAGCGAUCGGUGAAUGCCUACAAUGCCGACCUCUUUGGCAUGGAGCUCUCUUCUGUGAUGGACCUGGCGACCUCUACCACCGCGGAUGUUCAGCGACCUGAGCGUGGCAUGGUAGACUGUGGUGCGACAGCCUCAGCCGCGCCAGAGGCUGUGGUGAAGGGGCUGAUAGCCUCGAUUCUCGAGAAGGACAGUGGAGCACGUGUGGACAUCGAUCAGAGUGCUCGGCCAUACUUUCGCUUUGGUGACGGCUUUGGCAUCUUUAUCAGUUGUCCAGACAACAUCGUGGCCUACCUGCUGCAGCCAGUUCUUGCUCAAUGCUCGCGACUUCGCAGUCGCUUGAGAACCCCUCGACUUCUUCUUCUCGGACUUCUGAUCAUGGCGUCUCCGGCGCCCUCGCACAUCGACAAGGAGACGGAAGCCAUUUUGGUGGCAUCCGCCAAGGCCAAGACGGCCAAGAAGCGAGCCAACUCGCUCGACCCAGCACGGCGCAUGAAGGCCGAUCCUCGGGACCCAAGGGUGUCGGUCAAGAGCUGGCCAUGCUUCGGUCAACACCAUCCGGGACCACCCGGGGCCAAUGCUCACGCCCAGUGCAUUCACUGUCAGGUUUGCGACCUGAGGCUACUGUACACCCCUCGAAAAGGGUCACCUUCGAACGCGACUGUGGUGCACAAUCCGCAGAUGGUCAAGAGAAUGCUUACCGAGCUGGAGGCGAUGUUGGGAACGACGAAGCCUACAGCAAAAGUGUGCCACCACAUGUUUGCCAAGAUCACGGCCGAGGAGGUGCUCAACAAGGCGGUCCGCGAGCUGAUCGCAACACCAGGAACGACCUCGACUACGACACGGAGGCCGACGACGCAGCGCGGGUACGCCACGAAUGUGAUGAACAACGACGAGGAGGAGUUGAUUGUCGACUACGAGAUCCCAGUUGUGGAAGUGAUGGUUUUGGCGAGCUUGAUGACUUCGGCGGUGACCUCUACACUCCUCGGUCUACGCCUUGAUGGUCGAGAUGGACUGUGGGAGAUUGCCAGUGCCCCGCACAGCUGGCUCACCGAAGCCAGUGAGCAGCAGGGCAUCCCCGCGAAGGCCAUCAAUUACCAGAACGGCUACGACCUCUAUAAGGAGGAGACCUGGCGUCAACUUGGUGCUCUUCGACGACUUCAUCAACCUCGGAAGCUAUGGUUUUCAUUGCCUUGCUCAUCUGGGAGUCCAUGGACCAAGGUCUCAAAGGGCGAAGCGGCGCACAGCGGCAAUAGUGUUACCACUCGCCGACGGCAACGGCGACUACUACAUCUGGCCCUGGACUUUGUCAAGGAGACCCUCCAAGAGGACCCCGAGGUCGACGUCUACUGGGAAUGGCCUACGGACAACCACGGCUGGCGACAACCGGGUGUACUGCAACUGGAGCAAUGGUUGCACGACCAAGGGUUUGAGUGGCUUGGAUGUCGUGUGGAUGGAUGCAACUACGGGCUGCGACACCCGCAGGACUACGACUUCAUUCACAAACGGUGGAGCAUCUACACCACCGAUGGGCGUUUUCAUCGACGAUUCCGAGCCAAGGUGUGUCCCGGCAACCAUCGCCAUUGUCGACAACCUGAUGUUGAUCUUUCCUUGGCUUCCUACUACCCGUGGCGAUUGGUUGAGGCCAUUGCCAAACAUUGGAAGGAUGAUAUGACGCCAUCUCGACACCGACAGCUUCUCGCUCUUCGUCAAGAUCUUCCGAGCCUUCAUGGUGAUGACCAAGCACUACAUGAACAACAAGCGGUUCUGGAAGAACUAUGUGAUCCUCAUGAACUACCACCUGAUGAUGGGUUGGACGAUGAGCUGUCAAUCAAUCUCCUCACCGAGUCUGAGCGCCUACAACAUGAACAUCAAUCUCGAGAAGCUCGGAUGCGAAAACAGUUCGACCACUCCACUUGCGAACGUCUUCUACAUCAACUUCAUCUGGUGGCCAGGAAGACGGGUGUGCACCACACCCGUGGGACCGAAAGUGGAGUCAACAGCUUCCUCCUGGGUGCCUACUCACAUGGAGCGUUCUGUGGUGUGUCAAAACUUUCGCUACGACUUCGUGAACUGGUGAAGUACUUGAAUGCCAUGUUCCGUCACCACCUUCCUGGGAAGAGAUGGUCAAGCUUUAUGGUUGCAUUCAACAACAAGUGCCUUCCACACCGGGACUACCACAACAAGAAGGGCACAGUCAAUAUUCUGUUGUGUGUGGGCAACUUUCAACAUGGCGGGCUUUGGCUACAAGGACAACCACCUGAUGGACGCGCGACCACCAGGAGACUAUGUGGAAGCAACCGCUACGAGAACGGCUAUGUCAUGGAUACCCGACAUCAACUUGUCAUCUUUGAUCCCAUGGUGACCCACGCCACUCAAUCCUGGAGUGGACUUCGAAUCAGCAUCAGUGCAUAUACUACUCGGCUGGCAGACAACUUGUCUGCUGAGGACCAGCAGAUGAUGAACGAUCUGGGCUUCCCCACACAGGUGCGACAAGGUGCUGUUGCACAAACCCCAGAGCUGCUGAAUCAAUCAGAACUUCAUCCUCCUGCAGGUCCCCAUGAUGAUCUACAUUCACAGACCCCAGAGCUACUGAAUCAGUCAGAACUUCAUCCUCCUGCAGGUCCUUGGUCUGGGUUGUUAGCAGUCAAUACCACAGAUGGGCAGAUACCUGAAGGGGUCACCAAGGUCGAGUAUGAAUCCUGGGAAGCCAAGAUAGCCAAGUACCAUCGCGCAGCUGGUCACCCCACAAAUCGGAAUCUGGCUAGGAUCGUUUCGGAUGGUGGCCAUGCUGACUGGAAGGUACAAGUUGCUCUACAUCACCGGUGUCCAGCAUGUGAGUCACUUCAAAGGGGCGGAACAAGCGCAGGUUCCAUUCCACCAGCUUCUACCACACCUCUGUGCAAGGCCUGGCAGACUGUGGUGAUUGACGUUGCUGAAUGGAUCAUCCCGGCCACCAAGAAAAAGGCCAAGUUCGUGCUCUUUAUGGACUAUGCCACCAAACUACGUGUGGUAGCACCCCUCAAGAUCUACAACAUCACCGUGAUGGACGCUGAAUCUGCUGAGACGGUUAUUCACUCCUUUGCUGAGCGGUGGCUCAGUGUGUUUCCACGACCAGAGGUUGUGAUCAUGGAUGCGGCCAAGACCUUCACAUCAGCCAGAAUGCAUGAGUUCCUCUCCUCAAUCAACAUCCUGCCGCACUUCAUUGCUGAGAAAGAACAUUGGAGUCAUGGAGUUGCAGAAGCUGCCAUACAGGAUGUUAAGACAACAGCGACGGCCAUACAGCUCGAGGCGAGAGAACAGGAUCCCUAUGUUACUCUACACCUUGCAGCGGCAGCUCUCAAUGCCACAGAGUACACUGCCGGAUUCUCCUCCUUUCAAUGGGCGUGUGGCGUAAGCAGUGGCCAAAAGAAGUUCAUAGUGGACCCAGAGGCAGAGCGAUUUGCCUACGAAGCAUCUGGUGAGGAAAAAGUGGAUCGCUGGAAGGACCUCACCGACAUUCUUCCUCGACGAGAGUAUCACGACAUCGUGGAUGAGGAGCCUACCGAACAGGAUGUGGAGCUACCGGAUCUACCGCGUCAACCCGAUGACUCCACCAUCCAGGUACCUACAAGGCGGGUGCGACAAAAGACCAGCUUCCGACCUGGUGACUACCAGGACAAUCCAGUCCGCGACCGAUUGGUCACAGAGACGGUGAAUGACUACGGCGAGGACGAUAAUGGAAAUCAGCCUGGAACUUCAUCGACCACACCCACCAGACCUUUGACAACUUCCGAGGAAUCCUCAUCCUCCAAGCGCCAAAAGCAAGAUCUUCAAGAUGAACCAGAUGAUGAGGCACUUUAUGCACAACCAGCAUGGGUUGAAGACCUCUACCUGGGCGCGGCUAUGGAGGAGAAGGAGAUGGAUCUCUACUCGGCGAUGGAAGAAACCCAUGAGUUCCUCAAGCUGGAGUUCGAAUUGGGAUUCCUGAACUCCAACAGGCAGCGAAAAAUGCUUGAGAGAAACCCUCAAGCGUUUCUGGUGAAGAAGAUGCGGGACUCUGAAGUGGUGAUCACUCGUCUUCCCCACCAUGAACGAGUUCUCUUCGAGAGGGCAAAGGUGAAGGAAGUGAGCUCUUUCAUUUCCAAUGAGGCGGUGCGGAAGUGUCUGGACUCCUCGGAAAUCAAGGAGGCAAUGGACUCCAAGCGGAUCAUCAAGGCCCGAUGGGUUCUCACAUGGAAGCUGAUACCUCCAGAAGAGCAGACCGAGGCAAAGAAAGACGCGUCGGACAAUCCCAACACUACAAGUACCACCGACGGCACUCGCAAGGCCAAGGCAAGGAUUGUUUUGCUCGGCUUCCAGCAUCCUGGACUUCUUGAUCGACAGUAUAAAACCUCGGCACCAGUGCAAUCCACAGCUGGGCGGAACCUCCUGCCGAUUCUCAACUCUGGACUCUGGACCACGGGAGUUGAGGAGUUGCGACAGGCGCUUGGCAUUGGGCCUGAAGGGAUCAUGCGGAUUCUUCGAAACAUCUACGGUUCUACCACUGCACCUCGAGGACUCUGGUUGGACCUGCAUAAAACCCUUACGGCCCUGGGUGCCAGUCCAGUGUUGGCAGAGCGCUGUAUGUGGGUCUGGAAGUCCAAUGACAGAAUGGAUGGAAAACACCCUCAAGUCAUUGGUGCAAUGGGUGGUCAUGUAGAUGACUUUCAUCGUCUUGGUGAUGGCAGUCCAGAGUGGAUUGAAGUCAAGGCCAAGGUGGACUCGGCCUAUAAAUGGGGCAUGAUCAAAAAGCGCAGCUACAGACACGCUGGCACCGACGUGUCGACGGAGACGGACGGCGAUGGCUUCCACAUCGAGAUUGACCAGUCCUACUACGUGGAAACCGUGCCGGACAUCGACAUCGAACCCGAACGGCUUCGAGAAAAUGGAGUGCUGAACUCCAGGGAGGUCGGAGCCUGCCGUGCCACCCUUGGAAGUCUUCAAUGGUUGGCAGUGUCUACGCAGCCCCAGCUAUGUGCCAGGUGCAAUAUCCUUCUGACGGAGGUGGUGACCAACGGCCAGCUAUCACAUGCCCGGGAAAUCCAGGACAUGCUUGGAGAAAUGAGACGCCAUGCUUUCCGACUCAAGUUCUACGCCUUCCCUACGGCAAAACACUGGUCUGAACUGGUUUUCAUCACGAUGGGAGACCAGGCUCAUUCAAACCGGCCCAAAGGCGACUCUACGGGCGGAAUGAUUUCUUUGGUGGCUGGCCCUGAAUGUCUUCAAGGCCGAGUUUGCAGAAUGUCCAUCCUGGCAUGGAAGACGUGGAAGCUACAACGGAAGGCUAUAUCUUCCAACGACGCAGAAGUGCAAGCGAUCCUGGAGUCUGAGGACCAGAACUUCAGACUACGUCUUGUCUGGACGGAGAUGCAUGGUGCGGGAAACCGCAGUGACCCUCGCGAGCCGCUUGUGAAAGCGGCAGAGACUCAGGCCAUGCAGGUCAAGGGCGUUCUUUGCACAGACUCCAGAGGCGGCUACGAUGCGGUGGAAGUCAAUGAAAGUCCUCUACUUGGGCUAAGCAACCUUCGAGCUGCUCUUCAAGCCUUUCAGCUACGUGAAAAUCUUCGUCGUGUUGGCUGUGAACUUCGCUGGAUGGCCUCGGACUACGAUCUUGGUGAUGCUCUGACUAAGAAGAAAAUGGAGGCCAGAUUGGGCCUCAUCAAGUUUCUGUCGACGUGGCUGUGGUCGAUUGCUUUUGAUCCCAGCUUUACGAGCGCCAAGAAGGCCAAAGCUCAAGGGCGGAGUGCUAUAAACACGAUUGAUGACUAUCUAGGAAAUGGCCCGGUAGAGCCCCUGCUUGCAAAUCCGUUCAUCGCUGAAGAAGUUUUGAGGCCGUGCAACAGGUCCGGUUGGUCAGCGAUGAUCGAUCUUGUACAUGCACACCUGUGA